GCUGCAAUGCUGGGCUCCAGCUCACGGUGGAGCUGCCCUUCCUCCGGUCCGCCCCGAGCCCGCCCGCCCGCCCCGCGCCGGGACAGCCGCGCUCGGCAACGCCGGAGCUCCGGGCUGCACUUGUUGAUCUCCGUUCCGAGGCAGCGGGAGGGAGCACCGGAGCUUUCCUUUGUGUCUGCACGGAGAGCGGGCUGGGGGCGGGGGCAGACGCGGCUCCGGCGCUGGCUGUAGGCAGGAGAGAGGAGCCGCAGCCGAGGGAAGGCCUUGGAAAGCUUCCUGCCGAAGGAUACGAUUUACCUCGUUUCCCUUCCCCUCCCCCUGGGCUCCGCGGACAGCCGGGAGCGCCGCCGCCAUCCCUCCGCCUUGAGGCUGCCCGCGGGGGGAUGCGAGCGGGGCCGCCCCUGCCGCCCGCCCCGCCGCAGGAUGUAGCCGCCCUCGGCCCCGCACACCCCGCACCGCCUCGCUGGGAGCCCGCAGGAGGAGCUCUGGGGCAUGGAGGGGAAGGAGAGGUGAGCAGAGCCGGCCCCCGCGCCCUGCCCCGCGCCGCACCUUGGAGCGUCCAGCCUGAGGGGGACCAGCGAUGCCUCUGGGGAUGAAUAAGCAUGGAUCUCGCUCUACUACCUCUUUGCCUCCGGACCCCACCGAGAUCGUCAGGAGCAAGGCCUGCUCCCGAAGGGUCAAGCUCAACGUGGGGGGGCUGGCCCACGAGGUUCUCUGGCGGACCUUGGACAGGUUGCCGCGGACCAGGCUGGGUAAGCUCAGAGACUGCAACACACACGACUCCCUCAUGGAGAUCUGUGAUGACUACAACCUGGAGGAGAACGAGUACUUCUUCGACAGGCAUCCCGGGGCAUUCACCUCAAUCUUGAACUUCUACCGUACUGGCAAGCUGCACAUGAUGGAGGAGAUGUGCGCCUUGUCCUUCAGCCAGGAGCUGGACUACUGGGGGGUGGAUGAGAUCUACCUGGAGUCCUGCUGCCAGGCCCGCUACCACCAGAAGAAGGAGCAGAUGAACGAGGAGCUGAAGAGAGAAGCUGAGACCCUGAGGGAAAGGGAAGGGGAGGAAUUCGAUAACACUUGCUGUGCUGAGAAAAGGAAAAAGCUCUGGGACCUCCUGGAGAAGCCCAACUCCUCCGUAGCGGCCAAGAUUUUGGCAAUCAUUUCCAUCAUGUUUAUUGUACUAUCUACAAUUGCCUUGUCCCUUAACACACUUCCUGAACUACAAGGCAUGGAUGAAUUUGGGCAGACCACAGAUAACCCCCAACUUGCCCACGUGGAAGCAGUGUGCAUUGCAUGGUUUACAAUGGAAUACCUCCUGCGGUUCCUCUCCUCGCCUAAGAAGUGGAAGUUUUUCAAAGGCCCCCUGAAUGCUAUAGAUUUGCUGGCUAUCUUACCCUACUAUGUCACUAUCUUCCUCACUGAAUCCAAUAAAAGUGUACUUCAGUUCCAAAAUGUACGACGAGUGGUCCAAAUAUUUCGGAUUAUGAGGAUACUCCGGAUUCUAAAGCUUGCCCGGCACUCAACGGGUUUACAGUCCUUGGGGUUUACACUCAGGAGAAGUUACAAUGAGCUUGGAUUACUCAUCUUGUUUUUGGCCAUGGGCAUUAUGAUCUUUUCCAGUUUAGUGUUUUUUGCAGAAAAGGAUGAGGAUGAUACAAAAUUCAAGAGCAUCCCAGCUUCCUUCUGGUGGGCAACAAUCACCAUGACAACAGUAGGCUACGGAGACAUCUACCCCAAAACUCUUUUAGGUAAAAUAGUAGGAGGACUGUGCUGCAUUGCUGGUGUGCUGGUGAUUGCUCUUCCCAUCCCAAUUAUUGUCAAUAACUUCUCUGAGUUUUACAAAGAGCAGAAGAGGCAGGAGAAAGCCAUUAAGCGCAGGGAAGCUCUUGAAAGAGCAAAAAGGAAUGGUAGUAUUGUUUCCAUGAACAUGAAGGAUGCUUUUGCCCGCAGCAUAGAACUCAUGGACAUUGUGGUUGAAAAGAAUGGAGAAAGCAUAACCAAAAAGGAUAAAGUUCAGGACAAUCAUUUAUCUCCCAGCAAAUGGAAAUGGACCAAGAGAACCCUUUCUGAAACUAGCUCUAGUAAAUCUUUUGAAACUAAGGAACCAGGAUCCCCAGAAAAAGCCAGGUCAUCUUCAAGUCCCCAGCACCUGAACGUCCAACAGCUUGAGGACAUGUACAACAAAAUGGCAAAGACCCAGUCCCAGCCAAACCUUAACACUAAAGAGUCGAGUCAACCUGGAAGGCAAAAGGAAGAGCUAGAAAUGGAAACCCUUCCCGGCCCUAUGGUGCCCCUGCUGACAACUCGCACUGACGGGAUCGUUGACAUGAGGAGCAUGUCCAGCAUCGACAGCUUCAUAAGCUGUGCGGCAGAGUUCCCCGACUCCGGGCGGUUCUCCCACAGCCCGCUCACCACCCUGCCCUGCAAGGGCAGCAUUAACGUCAUCCAGGAGCAGAGCAGGCCAGAGGGGAGCGGUGCCAGGUAUGUGGAAAUGAACCCGAGCUCCGAAGGCAGCCACCGUUCUGCUUUUUUCAUUGAAAGCCCCAAAAGCUCCAUAAAGGCCAGUAACCCUUUAAAACUAAGAUCUCUGAAAGUCAACUUCAUGGAAGAGGACACCAGCACAUUAGUACCAGCAUCAAAUGUACUGAGGAUAUAUCCAGACUCUCUCAAGAGCCGGGGAGCUGCUGCUGCCACAGAUACUUCCUUACUCUCUGAUAGAUCUCUCAUGAGCCCAGAACCCUCAAUCUACACAACUGCGAGUGCGAGAACCCCCCCAAAGUCACCGGAGUCACAGGCAGCCAUAGCUUUCAACUUCCAUGAUGCUGGUAUACACAAAUAUAUAGACGCUGACACUGAUGACGAAGGUCAGCUGAUGUACGAUUCAAGUCCGCCCGGAAAUGUGAGUCCCAAGUACAAUGUUACAAACAGUGGCUAUCUAAAGCAAAAGGACCAUGUUUAUAGAACAGAGAAGAACCAUCUAGAAGCUGCUGCUUUACCCACCUCCCCUAAGCUGAUAGGGCAGAACUGCAUUUACUCUAUGGAAGGUAUCACUGGAAGAACCCAGGGCAAUCAGGAGACUGUCAGACUAGAAAAUCACAUUUCCCCAGAAGUCCAUGUAUUACCAGGCAGUGGAGGACAUGCUAACACACAUGAUCAAAGCAUCUGAGGUGGGCUCCAAAAGAACUUACUGAAAGUUUAAAGGAAUGUCUUUACAGUCAACACAAACAAAAGAGCUUCUGCAUGGCAUGAACUUGGCUGAAACAAGCCACUUGUUUCUAAAAGUCUGGGGGAGGUCCAGUGUGGGUUUGUGAAAAUGUCCUUCUCUGAAACAACUCUAAAGACAUUGCCCACAUCAGUCAAAAAUAAGGAUUGCAAAUCAUGAUCACACAUUGAUCUCCUUUCAUGUUGUCCAGUGAAGCCAAUGUGACCAAAUAUCCAUCCAUUCCCCUUGAACGCUAGAGCUCCUUUUGGAAAUAUUAACAUCUGAUUUGCGUUAGUUCCAUAAAGGAUGCCAAGGCAGCCAGAUUUGAACUCUGGAAUAAAUUGCUGGGGUUGGUAUAAAGCUUUCAAAAACACAAUGCUCACUGCUUCAGGGCAGCUGUUCCCCAUCUACAGCUUUCUCUGAUGGAUAUUAUGUCUGAAGGUAACAGGGAACACUUGCAUUAUUGGAAAAUCCGAGUGAAAACCAUUUAAAACAAAUAAUGGUCUAGAGAAACCAAUUAUUAAAAUGCUCUCUGUGUGUUUAACAAUCCGAUAUCCUGUAGGACCUGAUGUUUUCUUUUGAAAUAUCAGCAGGGUGAGUUGCACCACUUGUAUCUAAUCCCAAACAUCCCCUAGGACAUAGUGAAACUUGCACUGACCCUCUGCUAAAAGCCGGUACCUGCCCCAGGGCCAGUGCAUGGCCCUCGGGGGCCCACAGCCCACGUGGGAAGGUGUGAAGGAGCCAUGCAGAAGCAGGACUCUCCAGGGGCACCGCAGCCAGACCCCCUUCCCGGUGCUGGGGAGCGCAGGGCUGGAAGGAGAGCUCGGCUCUUGCCCUCGGUGGGGAGGGAGAUGUGGCUGCGCUGCCCGCGGGGACGGUGAGCGUGGCCGGACCCCCGGUACGUGCCGGGGGCACCGGGACGGCUGCCUGGCCCCCCCUUCCAGCCCGCCCGCCGACUCCAGGCGCCAGCCAGAGUCUCGCCCUUGGCGUAGGAGAGGAACAGGUUGGUCCGAAGCUUUUUGCGCCCAAGCAGCGCAGUGAAAGAUAUGCAAGUGUUACAUAAAUAUGCAAAAAGAGGGAUUCGUUAGUGACCCGUCCCGGGCCUGGCUGUGCUCCCUCUCGCCAGGAGGUUGGACAGGAGAGGCUCCUGCAGAGCCAUGGCAUGAAGCAGCUGCGAGAGGCAGGAGAAUCAGGCCUGACGUUUUAAUAGCAUCCAGUCAUUUUUAAGUGAAACGAGAAAAAAAAAAAAAAAAGAGAAAAAAAAAAAAGAUCUGACCAUUUUAAGUGAACAGAACUAGCAGCCACCAGCCUAGGUUUUUAAAAUAUUAUUGUUUCAAUAAAGUUAUGUCAAAUUGUGUAGGAAAUAAUUUGUCUUUGGUUUUUAAUCUUGGGGGGGAAAAGCACUUUACGUUGACUUUUUGUUGUCGUUGUUGCAAUGCUGGAGUAGGAUAGCAGAGUGUAACAAUCAAGCACUUUAACCAAGCACUACUUUAAUUUGUGCCUCCUGUUGUGACUGUGAUUUGUUACACGCCUGUAGCAAGUCACAACCUGUCCUGUGAUAACUGUGAUGGUAAUCUUUUCUGUUGUUCUCUGUUUCUACUGUAAAACUCAACUGUAAAUAACUGUCGAUGAGCGUUUCCUGACCUAUUCCGAGUUCUGCCGGGGCGUGUAGCGAUCUGCAGGCAGCAGGUCCGGGGACGAGCUGAGACACGGGACGCGGGAGCGGAGGCACAGGUGGGAGGAAGACCCCCCCCCCAAGCCGCUCGAGUCCGCUGCGUUUUGUUCCUUCCUAUUGUAAAACCAAGCCGUUGGUUAGUCCUGAAUGUACCGUCUGUCCGUCCAGGCCGUGCCGCACUCCUGUCUGUAACCCUAGUGGUGAAUGCAGCAUGUACGGACAAAAGCAAUAAGCACAUACCUGUUUUAGCAACUACCGUGGGUUGCGGUGAGAGCUCUGUUAGGUGUCUCCUUGGCACAAACUGUACACACGGUGGAGUGACUCUGCUCUGCUCAGCCCACCCUGGCCCCGGGCGGUGGGACCAGCCCAGGGACCCGCUCAGAGCCGCCCUUGCAAGGCGAGACCCCCGGGAAGGCGCGAGAGUAAGACCUGAGCCACCCCCUCGGGAAUUACCCACCCGCAGCGAGAGACCUCGCGCCGCGCAAAGAGUGACGCGGAAGGUACCCAAAAGAAGUCCCAGGCACCGUGUGCUCCACAGGGUAUUUACACAGGGCCAGUUCCUGAGGUUUGUUCGCUUUUACUCUGCCUUCCCGCAGCCUAAACCACCGUUCCUCUGAGUGGGCUCUUUGCCUGGUGAAGGACUUUAGGAUUUGGCCAUAGUAAAUACAAGUGUACUUAGAGGAACCGACGUAUUGCUGAGAUACUAGUUAAGAUUGAGCUGACAUGAAAAAGUGAAGUGACUUUCCAGCAGAUAAGCUUUAAAUACUGAUUUAUUCUGUGGCUUUCUGAGGCCACGGAGCAGCAACGAGAAAUCUUAAGGAGAACAGUCUUAACAUAAUCUCUGUGUUUUAGUGAUCAUUCAUGUCUGCCAUCUGCACAACUGUAAAAAGGAGAAAAAUCAGGGAAAAUUUUUUUGAUAAAGUAAGUAAUAGUGAUUUCCAAGUUAAAUAUUUUUAGAGCUGAUGCUUUCAUGUGGAAAAAAAAGUCAUAUUUUACAUAUCACAAAAGUGAACAUAUUUAAAUAUAGCCAUAUAGUGUAGUAUUUACCACACUCUCAUCCAAAUUGAUGUAUUUGGUUUACAGAUGGCACUGACAAAAAUGUAUAGAUCAACAAUUCUAUCAUUUUUUAUCUGAUAGUCAACUGGUGCAACUCUCCUUGUAACCAAAGGCCCUCUGUCUGCCUUGUGUGAUCGCUCACGACACACACCUUAUGUCAUCUAUUUAGUCCUACCUUUAAAGUAGCAUUUUAUUGAGUCACUUUUGAAAGCCAAAUUCAAAAGUAUCAUUAAAAAUCUACCUUUUAAGUCUGAAUAGCCAAAGUCCUAUAGAUUUCUUAUAGAAAGCAAAUAAUUAAAAAUUAAGCAUAUAAUAUGCUUGAAGAGCAUUUCUUUCUUAUUUGUGUAUGAAGAUGUAGCUCUCAUUUUGUGCCCAAUUAAAAAGGAAGUAUGUUUAAUUUAUUUUAAUGAAAUAAAGUCUGAAUAUGAAGUAUGUAUCUAUAUAUGUGUGUGUGUGCAUAAUACACAUAUAUAUAAUGUAAGCACUGGGAAAUCUACUCUAACCUAAAGCUGUGAUAGACUAAAUCUGUACUCAUUGCAAAGGAAAGGCAGUGCUUUGAAAACAUAAUGCUCACCAAAUCCUAUAGACCCUAGAAAGACAAUUUAAUUUUAUAGUUUGUUUGAUAACAUGUUUCCCAAAGUUCAUAACAUUUGGGGAAAAUAGGCAGUUUCUCCUGCAUGCAGUAUCUCCUGAUUAAAGCAUGCAGUUUAAUCACUGAUAUUUGGCAUUCAGGUCUGCGAAUUUACUGUGCACCAUGUGUCAAGCAAGCUGACAGAGCCUCACCUGCUGCUGCAGAAAACUUCACACCUGAAAGGACUAUGUAUGUGUGAUGUCUGCGCUUGCUUGUAUCCUACACCAUCAACGUUGUUUUUAAUACAUAUCUAUAAAUAUAUAUAUAUAGAACAUAUAUAUAUGUGGAAGGAGUGGGUGCAGUUUUCUUAACCAGGAGGCAAAGUUUUAGCCUUGAACAGAGGAAAAAAGCCGUGACAUUGCAGUAGAUUUCUCAGUGCCUUUUCUUAGAAACUUCACCUAAGCACACUUAUGGAAAAAAAAAAAACAAAAACAAAAAAACAAAAAACAAAAAACCAGAAAACAACCCAAAACAAAAGAGUCUCCUGUGAAAUCCACAUUUUUCUGAAAGGUUCGAGAGUCAAUAAAGGUAGAAGAAAGGAGGAAAAAAAAAAAAGAGAGAGAGAGAGAGAGAGGAAAAGAAAACCCGUGGAACGCACAUUCCCUUCCUGAACGUGCCGUGUGUCAAAUGCCGGGGAAUAUCCGCCUGUGCGAGUCACGCAGAAACACAUCCGAGGCCGUCGGUUUCUUUGGCAACUAUGGCUGUGAUAAACUGUAGCCUUUUCUUCCCUUGCAGCUAAUAAGAUACACAUUUCUAAGGAAAACAGUAUUCUCUUCUGUAAAAUUGUAAUGUAUUGUUAAUAUUUGUACCUAUUGUAUAUUUAUGUCUUGACAAGAAUUAUGACUGGUACAGUUUAUAGUCAAUAGCAAGGGUAUGUAAAAACUCAUUGCAAAGACAAGGUCUCUAAAGCCACGUUCUCUCUCUGUUGGUAAGCUCCACGUAACAUGACCUCCACUAGUUUUUAACACCUCAUUUUAAAGCGAAUUGUAGAAUUACUGAAUAAAGCAGUCGGGCGAUGGAGAACCAUGUGGCACCAGUGCCCUCCUGCACAGUCCAGCCGGGAACGACGUGGGGACUUGGCCUUCCCCGGUCACUCUAAAUUAGCUCCAACCCCUUCAUGUUCGGGCAGUCACUUCUGCUUACGGUAAUCAGACUGAACUAGUGUUACCUUGGGUUGCUUUCGGAUCACCCACCUGGGGAGAAUAUGGCUUUAAAUAGUUCUUGAAUAAAGUACAGAAGUUCUAGUUACCUCUGUACCUCCUGCUUGCCAUUGUGUUGGCUUUAUAAGUAUCUGAUGUAUGGAAAAGUCAUGUGACUUUCAUGCAUUCCAGAGUAGUCUAUUUUUCUGUUCAGAUUUAAAAAAAAAAAUAAUUAAUUAUAUAUAUAUAAAAAUAUAAAUAUAUAUCUGUAUUUUUAGCAAAUUUAUAAUAUGGCGAUCAAGUCAGAUUUCUUCUUUUUGUAUUACAGAAUAAUAUAUUAGAUGCUUUCUUGGUGUUCAUUUACACAGCUGAUCCCCCAACCUUUCUGUUGUCAUUAUUUUCUUCUGUUCUGAUAAACACCUGCAACAUCCCCUCCUGGAAGUGCGUCUGCGAAAGGUCGCGGAGUUUGUCUGAUGUUGUCAUGUUUUUGUAUUUUCCUGUUUGUGGCACUUAAAACUAACCAGAGACUGCCUCUGGAAACUGAGAUGUUCCUUCUGAGAAACACAGAGCGGGCCAGACCCUGCCCUCGGUGAUGGCAGGGGAGGUGUCAGCCAACGCCACUGGCUGCAGUGUUCUUCCAGAUGCACAGUGAUUAAAGCUGAGAACAUAAAGAAGAGACAGGAUUUGAAUCAGGCAGUGCUCCCACCUUCAGGGGAGUUUUUCCUGGGUUUAAAACAGAAGUGUCAAGACUUUCAUUUCCCACUGGCUUUUGGAAUUUUUAUUUUUGGUCCCAGAGAAAAUCAGGAGAUGAGAAAAAAUUACGGAGGAAUGAGCAACCUGAACGUAAACAUUCAGAAAGGGAUUUUGAUUUAGUUAUGGUCAAGUUUGUCCGUGUACCUGCUUACUUAAUGAUCCUCCUUGCUCCCUUUACAGCUGUACCCUCACAGAAACUGAAUAAAAAGUCCAUGAGAUAAAUGUGCAUCCUGAAGCUAUCUCAUGGCCUGGUGAAGUUCAGCAUGAUGAAGAGCUUCAGACCCGCUCUGUAGCUCUGCACAGACAUCUCCUUUUGAAUGCACCCACUAGUCUGGUCAGUGACCAUGUUUUUGCCAAAGAUGGAGUUCUGGUUCCAUUUCCUGUUGUUUGCUUGAGUGAUUUUCCUACAUGCCCACCACAGUAGCCGAUAAACCUGAAACAGAUUUAAUUUGGGAAAAUGUGUGUUUCGGAAAGUCCAGAUACCACUCGAAUGAAUGGAAUAACCAGUAGACCCAGGCUUGCAUGUUAUUAAUUAUCAGCAAGGCCCGUUCACACAUGAAGAUAUUAAAGCUGGGUAGGAUUUUUCUGUUCUGGGAAGCAAUUAAUGCAAUAGCUCCCCAUAUCUGUCAUCAACAGUCACAUUAAAGGUCCCUUCAAAAGGCACCUUCCAUGUCAGGUUUGUUUGAGCAUAGUCAACAAAACCAUAGAAAGCUUCCAGUCACACCAGUCUUAACUUCAACCUCCCAUACCAGGACAGGAACGCCCCAAAUACCAACCAGCCCUCUGAAGAAGAGAUGUUUAUUUUCCAGCAUGUGUCUCAUACCCCAUGCUGAUCACAUUUCAGCUCUUGCACUGAAACUUUGUCUUGGCCAGACAAAGGAAACCUUAGGAAAACUGAAAGUCUGCAUCCAGGGUGUGUAUCCCCUUUGUUGCUGGUGUUACCUAAGCCACAAUAAGUGUCCUUUGACACCAAUGGUUGGGUGCCACAAGUGUUCAUAUCUGUAAAUACUACUCAGAAUUUUGCUUUGCUUGAUUCUGGCUUCAUCGCACAAGAAGUUUUCAGUCUAGAGGCUUAGAAGGGAAAGCAAAAGCUUCCUUUUUCUUUUUAACUAGAAAUAAUACUAUUGAUGCUCUGUAGGACUGAACAAGGAUUAACCUUUGUUUUUAAAGGGGUCUUUUCAAGACUGCAGUGACACUACCUUCAGAAAUUAAUAAUCAGGCUGGACUCAGUACAAAGACCCCUCCAAACUAGAGCCUCACAGAAGCCAGGGAGCCAAAUUUGCAAGAAAUGCCAAAUUCUUUGCUGCUGUAAGUAAAAGCCCAUUUAGACCAGUAAAGAAUUUGGACCCGUAUCUCUAAAAACUAAUGGAAAACUAAUAGCUUUGUAUGACCUCAGGGCUGGAGGUGUCUGCCCACAGCACCUCCAAGGAAACCAAUGGCGUGAGAGAAUGGGAAACAGAGGCAGGUCAGGGAAAGCCUGGGAAAGGAGCAAAUCCUUCAGUCAAGAGGAUGACAAACAUGUCAUUCCAAACUUGACUGAGCAUCCGUCCAUGUCAGCUCACUCGUUGUGGACUUGAUGCCACAAGUGCCAUCCCAAAUUCACAGGUGACUGUCCCUACAGCAGGACCACAAACCCAGCCCCAUGGUUCAACACCCUCAGCCCUCGGUCCAGGGGCUUACUGAUGCUGGGAGGACACCACUAGCACAUGGGCCAAUGGUUACCUUGGAUUGUGGCACAACCUCUGGUCCUGUUGGUAACCAGCAUUUGAGGCAAUUCACCCAUUCUUCUCUACUCUCUCUAUUUCAUUCAGGAGCUCUGCCCUUUAUGACUCUUCUUCCUGCAAUGUUUCACUGCCUCCAUGUACCAUUAGCCACGUACCGUUGGCUCCUGCCCCUGUGAUUUGUUUUGUUUAUGUCACUUUUGCUGCCUUGUGACAAAGAAGAACAUUUUUUUCCCCUUUCUCUGGCUUUUUGGUGGUGGGUGCAGAAAAUUGCUUUUGCAUUGAACCAUUCCCCACUAGUGUGCUUGGGGGAUGGGGGAGCAGCAUCUCCAUGUUACUUUGAAUUUUGAAGCCAUGGUACUGUACUCAGAAAGGCCAGCCACAGCUACCAACCAAACUCGCUUUCCAACUAGAUUAGCAUUAAAAAAAUACACCCCAACUUCCUGCAGCAGAAUCCUGCUCUCUCAUCAGGUAGGGGAAGCAGUUCCUGAAAGGGGAGAAAACAUCAGAGGGGCACUGUUACAAGUGCUGAUUAACGACGACUCCACACCCAGAGGAGGACCGGGGCUGUGCUGCACAUGGAGCUGCUCCACAUUUCCCAGGGCUCCACAUUUCCCAGGGAGCAGCCUCAGGCCCUCCUUGUCCAAAAGCCCAGGGCAGCUGCUGGACCUGCAGGGCCCCCGAGCCCGGGUAAGGGCUUCCCAGUGACACCUCCAAAGGGCAGCAGCUGAGCAUCCCUAGUCACUGAAGGAUAGGAAAGCUGUGGGGUUCCUUUUAAAAGAAAAAUGUGAUAUUUAACAACAAAUAAAAACUGGAAAAUGUGUUUCCUGUGCCUCUGCUGGUACACAGAGAUGGAAUUGCUUUUGUAGCUGGAAAUUAAAAGCGACUGACCCAGAAAGGGCAGACUGGGACCGGUUUCUCCCUUACCUUGCACUUUGGUUAUUUUAUAACCUGUGCAAUGGGGAAGCAAUGGGGAACCCAGGUCAGUGUGUCUGUAAGGAAGGGCAGUGCUUGUGCCUGACAGCCCAGCAGAUCCUGCACCUCUUGCACAAUCUCUUCAUUGGGUUAUAUUGGAUCCACCCGAGGGGCAAUGUGCCAGCAGAUGUUUUCUCCCCUUUUGAGAAAUGUUUCCAUGCCCUGGCACUUUGGGGUGAUUAUAGCAACAUUAGCCAUAUACUAGUGUACUUAGAGUCUUACAUUUUUUGUAACUUUGAUUUAGUCAUUCUUUGUUGAAGUUUAUUGACCUCUCCGGUUGUUUCCGUAAACAAAUUAUUAAAAAAAAAAUAAAAAUCCGUGUCUUUAUAUGCAUGUAGUAGUAUGAAACUGUGAUCAAUGUGUGACAUUCAGAAACUGUACUGUCUUGUAAAAUAUGUCCAAAUGUCUAAGGGUUUUAAAGCAAUGGUCCCUUACUACAGCCUACAGAAAUAAAUAAAAAGGUAUGGAUAAACCCAAA